AUGGAGGCCCAGUUCAACAUCGCCCCGUAUUUUAAGUCCCUCAAGGCGAUUCAGCUCGCUCGCAGUGUCUAUCAAAAGCUUUCAGGGGCGACGGCAUCGCUUCGCGUUACCGACCACCCCCUGCAUGAUGCCCGUUGGAUUCCAAAUGCCAUUUUGUCCUCGGCAGCGGUGGAACUAGACUUGCCGCGUGCCUACCGCUUUGCCUGUAUUGCCUUCUUCGAAUCCGGUUACGACCUCGACCCAACGGAAUUCACAGAAGUGAUUGCGAUUUCGAGUCGAAAUAGCCUCUAUGUCUCCCAGGUCCUCCUUGGCGACCCCUUCUUUGGCGGCGAUAUGAACGAGGUUCGCCACGUCAUGGAAAAUGUCGGCAAGACAGGUGUUGUCAUGAUGGUUGCACCACUGGCACCAAGGGUUCGCGCUGCCGAGCUCAACAGAUGGAAGCAGGUCUCGCACGUCCGCUUCAACCUAAAGCGGGAAAAUUGCUUCCAAGCCACCUUCCUCCACCUUUCUUUUACCGACUUUGAGAUGCCGUUCGAUAUUGGUCAAAGGGGGUCCAUCGACAGAGCCAUCCACGUGCGAGUGGUCGAGACAGUCAUUUCCGUCUACGAUCGAGGGGACUGGGUUGCCGACUUGGACGUCCUUAUCCUCUAUCAGCCGACACUCUAUGGGAACAGGUUCAUACGAAGACUCGACCAGUCGACGCGGCCGAAGUCUUUGACUUCCCCGGACCCAGCGUGCUGGAUUGGGACUAACCCAUUGGCGCAUCUCCGCCCACAGCCUCUGACAUCAAUUGAUAACUGGGAAGAACUGCUCAACCUUCCUGAAGAUAUGGGCCUAUGCUACGUUGGCGUCGUCCGCGCACAUGAUAACUGGAUUGCGCGUCUCGCUACAGCCUGUGUUGCCGCCCAGCGAGGGUUUCGCACUGUCAUCCUUCCAACGACAGACGAAGUGAACGAUGAGUUCGGUGAUGACGAUUCGGAUACUUCCGGCGACUCGGACGACUCCCUAGACUCCACUAAGACGGUGAUAGACGACGAUGUCUUCUCAGCCUCUCCUCAUAUUUUCAUAUGCUAA